CGUAUAGUGCGGUUGGAGGGUCUGUGUCGGAUUUCGUUAUAUUUUUGAUUCGGUCAAAUUUCCUCCGAGAUUUCGUUGGACAUAGAUACAUUUUUCGGGUUAAAGAUAGGGUCCUCGUCGAUUUGAUGAAACAGACCCAGUUGCGACUGAUGGAGUCUACCUGUAAGUGGGUCGUUACUAGAGGGUAUACUCCUUGAAUAAUCCCGAAUCGGCUUUGUUUGUGCAAGACCUGUUCCCAAAGGUAGACUCUCCACAACGCUGUAAACAUCUGUCAAGCCUGAUGUCUCUCGGUCCCGGUGCGUGAAAAUGUCGUUUGGUCACUCGCGAAACGCGUUGAAAGGAUAAAGACUAUUCGGGGUGUAUUUUCGUCCUUUUUGUUGCGGUCCAUGGAAUUUUGAAAAGUGUCUGUGCUUAGAUGUGUGUGUUGACUUCGGCGCGAGGUUUAAAUAUUUUUAAGGAUCAGAGAGCACGUGAAUUAUUCACGUGUUUGUGCGAGAGCGGAAUGAGAUUACCUGAGAGAGUAUCUUUUAUCUGAAACGCAUGUAUGAGAAGGACGGAUAUCAGAUAGGAAACAAAAAAAAUUCAUUCUCUUUGGAUAGUGCGGUAGCUUGACUUGUCAAGCGUAAGGUCGAGUGAGACAGCUUGUGCUGGAGAAGAUGCGAGGGUGAUACCAACAGCAAAGUGCUGGUAUCCAUCUAUAUUUGUAAAGAUUCAGAGAGAAAGUGAAAAACAGGCGAAAAUGGAGCCGCUUGUAUUGAGAUGAAUUUCUUUCUUUGCUUCGGUGAUUUUAUAUUUCGCUUUUAGAAUGUUUCUCCUGUCGUCAACAAAAUGAUUUUCAUGGUAAAAAUCACGAAAAACAAUUGUGAAGCUCAAAAAACCAAAGUGAAGUGAACUUGACGAAAUAAAGGCCGUCAAAUGUGAAUAAUGAAGUAAAAAAAAAAAAAUUUUGUGUGCCAAAUUUUGUGUAGAGUUGUAAGUGUAGUAAUUUUGUCGCAGAAAUAAAUUAGUGGGCAUUUUUUAUGCCGAAAAUUAAUCAAGUAUUCGUGCUAGUAUAUUGUAAUAUGAUAAAUAAUCGCCAAAUUUUCCCUAAAAUUUUUCUACGUGUAUUUUCUAUAAAUUAGAGCUCGUGCUAGUGUCUUCCAAAAAGUAGAAAUCAAAUAUUUGAUAAUUGAAAAUAAUAUUCUUGAUAAAUCUGCUUUUUUGUAUUAUCUGCAAUCUAUACUAUAUCCAAUAAAUAAUGCGCGUAAUAAUUAAUAAAAUAUCAUAAAAGAGGAGAAUUUUCCCAAAUAAUAAUUAAAAAAAAAUCAAUUUAUUAUGUCGAUGCGUAGCAAUAACAACAACAAUAGUAAUCACAAUAAUAACCACAACAAUAGCAAUAGCACAAAUACCUUUCAUCCUCAACUACGUCAAUAUCAUCUUCAACAACAAAUUCAACAACACCAAUAUCAUCAACAACAACAACAACACCAACAAGAAUUGCUCAAUAAUAUCCUUUUGAAUCGCUACGGAUUAAGUGGCUCUAAAUCGCCUGCUUUGGGGCGAGUAGGAGUAAUGAAUACAAGUGAUAGCGCUCAAUUCCACCAGCAAUCCCAGCAACAACAGUUCAAUCAGCAUCACCCAGAAUCACCAAUGAGUCCUGUAGACGAUGCAGUGGACCAACAACAGCAACAGCAGCAAGUAUGCCUAGUGGCCAAGAUGCAAAAGUCAGUCACGAUCACUGUUACUCCGCAACGGAGUAAUUCUUUGGAUUACUUGAAUUUCGAGGAGAAACGACAGCUGAUUGCAUCGUCACUAUCACUCUCGGAUAUAUUGCAUUGUGGACCAGCAGCUGCUGCAGCCGCCGCCAAGGAAGUUGCUGCAUCAACUGUCAUUGCUGCCAAAAAACAAAAUGGUGCUGCAAUACGAGCGAAUAGUUUAGGAUCUGGCACACGAACGCCUCCUUUGGAACGUAAAAGUAAAUUUAGUGCAUUAGGACGUUUCUUCAAACCGUGGAAAUGGCGGCGGAAAAAGAAAAGCGAAAAAUUCGAGGCGACAUCGAAAUCACUCGAACGAAAAAUAUCAGUACGUGCCAACAGAGAAGAGCUUGUCCAAAAAGGUAUCCUUCUACCCGAAAGUCCGAUCGGUGCAAUAACAGAGGCGGGUGAAGAAUAUUACAAUACAUCAACAGCUAAUGGCACUAGUCCUGCAUUAGCCGUCCAUAAUAAUUCCAACAAUACACAAAAUCACAUAACAACAUCAUCAUUAUCAACAUCAUCGGCAACAACAACAACAAAUAAUGUACCUUCGUCACAUUCCGUUCAACAGAUAAGCUCAACAAUGGGUGGAAUGAUUGUGGGUAGCGGUCCGGGCGGGCAAUCUGGUGGCGUUAUGAUUGGAGGUAAUCAAAAUCUUACCAAUAGCCUGUCCGUGCCACAUUCACAAUCAGCCCACCAAUUGGGUCAACCGAAUUCAAUCGGUAAUCCAGGCGGUGCCCCAUUAACUCCUUUGGCUCAACAUCAUCAAGCACUAGCACAGCAGUUGCAACAGCAUUUUGCAAGCAACAAUAUUGGUAAGCUAGUGCCACCGUCAGAGGACGAUAAUAAUGAGCCCAGAAAAGACAAGACUGAUGCCCCAACUGGUGGUAAUGGAACAUUAUCACCAAGCACCGAACAAUCAUGUCAGGGAUCCAUAUUGCCUCCACCGGGCGGAGGCUCUACGGAUGCAAUGCAAACAUCGAAGUUGGAACGUCCGAAUUCCCUUGGGCCCAACAAAAUAUCACGCCGAAUGAUAUGCUACCACAAUGAUCAUUAUCCUGAAGGCGGCGGUGGUCCACCAGGUAGUACACCCCCUCCACCUCAAGGUGAUGGUCAACAAUCCCUUCCAGGGCAUAUUUUAUUAUCUGAACUUCCAGAGCCCCCAAUACCACUGUCAGAGAUUGGACCAAUCCCACCGCCACCGAUGUUCUCAACGCCGAGUCCAACGCUGAUAGCUGGUCGACCUCAUGGACCUGGUGCCAUCAAUGAACAGGAUUAUCAAGAUUAUGAAUAUGAUGAUCAAGAUGGCGACCACGAGGAGAUCGACUCAGAUGAUGAGUAUAUUUUCACAAUGCCACAACCAAACCCCGCAAUCGAUACAUGUAGAAUUGAAGAAAUUCCAGCGAAAGAACCCAAGUUUAAUGCAGUUCCUUUAAAAUCGGCGUUAAAAAAGAAACCAGGUACCAAUUCGAGUCCUGGUACACCAACACAAGAGAAUAAUACUAAUUCUCGACCAUUGGUUGUGCGACAAGAAGCUAAUAAUUAUUCAUUAAAGCCCAUCCUUCGACCACGGAUUAGGAUAUGUAUCCCAAAUGACGAUCGAGAUAGUCGACCUAUGCGAAUUGGUUUCGGUUUGCCGUGCACACUUGAAAAUAAAGAAAAUGCUCGACCAUAUGUGAUACGUGAAGACAAUGAUAGCGAUCAGAGUGAUGGGCCAAUUUUAUAUCGAGACGACGACAACGAUCGACAAGCGAAAAUCGCACGAAAGGAGAGCCUAUCGCUAAAAUUACAACUUCGACCUGAUCGGCAGGAUCUUAUCAAUCGAAACAUUCUUCAUCAACAAUCAGAUAAUGAACGCUACGAAUCAAAGGAAGCGAUCGGAGCCAGGCUCAUACGUCGACUGUCGAUGCGACCAACUGCCGAGGAGCUAAUCGAAAGGAAUAUUCUGAAAGCACAAACGCCCGCCGAAGAGAAAAAACAGAAGGAGGAGAAGAAGCGAUAUCUUCUGCGGAAGUUAAGCUUUCGUCCAACUGUCGAUGAACUUAAGGAGAAGAAAAUCAUACGCUUCAAUGAUUAUAUUGAGGUUACACAGGCGCAAGAUUAUGAUAGACGUGCCGACAAGCCAUGGACAAGACUGACACCCAAAGAUAAAGCGGCCAUCCGUAAAGAGUUGAACGAAUUUAAAAGUUCCGAAAUGGCUGUGCAUGAAGGCAGUCGGCAUUUAACAAGAUUUCAUAGGCCAUGACAGUUGCAAUGGAGUACCGAACAUUAUUCCAAAAUUGAUGAAUUUAUUGUGCUAACCACCAACAACACCACCACCAAAACUAAGCACAUCUCCACCUGUACAGCUUCUACAAGCGAUCAGGAGAAAUUCCAGCAACUCGUCAUUGAUAAGAGUGAUGAAAACACAACCAUUUUUAAGAGCGACUUUUCUGCCAUUCUUCAUUCUUCAAAAAUUACUGUCUGGCCAAAGAACACAAUAUUAGUAAUAAAUAUAAUUAACGAUAACCUUAAAACAAAUAAUAUUAUGUGUAUAGAGCAACGGAACGGCAAUAAGACAGGACCCAGGGAAGCGGGCCGGAAGCAACCAGUCCGUGACCUUGACGCCGUUACUGUUGUACUAAUUGAUAUGAUGAUAUCUUCCAAAAACAAUGAAAUAGCUCUAAGAACUGCAUCAGUAAUAAUUUUAAUGAAGGAAACACUUUAGUUAUCAACUACAACCACAAUGCAGGAUUGUGAGGCGUGAGGGCUUUCCUUUCGAGAAGGAAACAGAUACAGGAGAAUAGAAAAAAAAAAGAUGGAGGAGAGAUGAUGGAGGCAACAGUAAAUAAGUUGAUUAACAGAAUCAACAAUAAGAAGUUCAGACUAGAUCCCGAAUCCCUUUGGUCGAUAUUGUCGCGCAGGACCCCCAACCACGUCGCCAGCUGUGAUCCCCAUCUGACCACAUGAUGACUUGGACUUGGACUUGGACUCGGACGCUCGCUACAAACGGCGACUUGGACCGAACCGUUUUAAUUGGAGAAUAACAAUAACCGAACCCAAUAAAUGGAGAAACAGAAUAAAUUCUACUACUCAGUACUCAUCAACACGCCAUUUGCUCUUACUACAGUUAUCAAUUCAGAACUAUACACUUGAACUUUGAACCCGGACUUACUGGACACUUAUUUUAAAUAUUUGUAUUCACGAAGCAAGCUGCUGUGAUAGACCUGUUGACGUUAUUAGAGAUGUUACCUAAAAUUUAAAAUAAUAAAAUAAAAAAACAAUUGUUUACUUUUUAACAAAAAAAAGACGAAAGGAACAACAACACUAGGAUGAGGUUGAUAAACGCAAAUAUCCAAAAAUUAACUGAAUUUUACAUUAAAGCGAAUUCUAAUCUGAGUGAGGAGUAGGCGCCGCGAGGACUCGCCAAUAGCAGGAGCAACUAGAGCACAGAAUAAACAGAAUAAAAAAACCCAAACGGAUUUCGCGAAUUCUCUUAAGCUACUAACUCUGGAACUUGUACAUUUUUAUAUAAGAUUUAUGGCUAUUGUAUCAUUCUGCAGGAUAUUCUCAGAGCUGUGAAGAUUCGUGUUGUGAGGUUUCCACGGAUUUCGAACGGAAAGUUGGUUUGAUUAUGCGUUUCGCCACCCUUCGUUUGCAUAAAGACGGUUUCAAUUUACAAAAUGUACAUUUAGUUAACACACGUUUCACAACUGAUAAAAGACAUGCAGAAUACCAGUAGUAUCGUAGGAAUCGGUAGGCAUUUUAGCGAUUUGUAUCCGAAAAUGUAGAUUCUGAUACUAGGAUCCGAGAAGAACCUCGACUUCACAGUAUUUUUAAUGUUUAGUUCGUUUUCGUUGUAUGUGUAUUAAUGUUAGUUAAUUUUGUUUCUUUUUAUUCCGAGCAAGGACUUGUUCAACAUGAUCAACUACAUUCUCUGUAUGUACCGCUAAAUUCCAUUUAUUCGAUUUAUUUGUAUAAACUUUUACCUGUCCGUUCUGUAAAUGUUUCGUUUCUAUGGAAAAGAGAAUUAUGAAAAUAAAUUUCUUCAUAAAUUUAAGUUGAAUUUGGUAUGCUUCGUUUUGUUAUAGUUGAGGGAGUUACUUUGCAAUUCAACACCAAAACAUUAUUUCGAUUCGUGGUCGAUUCGAGCCACCACGAGCCCCUUGUAAGCCGUGCAAAGAAAUACAAUCGACGACAACAGUGUUAGGUAUUUAAAGCAAGGAGAAUACUAACCGUUUGUAAUUAAUUAAGGAAAUCAACUAAAACUUAAACAAGCAAAUACUAUAACAAAUCAAUAAAAAAAAACUGAACUAAAGAGAGUAAAAGAAAAAACCAAGAAAAACAGAAAAUCUUUGUAAAAAGGAUGAGAAGUAACGAUUAAUACAAAAUAACUUUUGUAGUUAAAGCAAGAAAAAAAAAACAUGAAAAAUAAAAGCAAAAAAUAAAUUCAACAAACAAUAUUACUUGUAAAAAGGGAAGAAAAAUUUAAGAAAUAAAUAAAAUAAUAAAUGAUAGAGCGAAAACAAUUCCACACAAUUAAAACAAAUAAUUAUAUGAUAAAUGAUAAAUAAAAAAAAAAAAAAAUUUUACUUUUAAGAGUAUGUUUUUGCCUAGAAAUGAUACCGAUAAUGAUUGGGGAAUAUUUGAAAGGACAUAAAUAGAAAGAGAGGAGGAAAUCAUGAUAAAGAUUAAUGGCUCAUGAAACUAUUCUCGAUUUUUUUAUUGCAUUAAAAUUAUAUUGAAAUAAAGAAAAGUUAAAAUCAACCAAAAA